AUGUCCAUAAGAUCUUUAAAUUAUGGUGCUUCAACCACUUUUGCAACGCUUGAUCCUACGGAUCCCGAAUCGAAAUUACUUUUAGAUGCAAAAGAAAUUGGCGAGUUUGUCUGUGAGGCCUAUCAAAGGUUUCUCAAAGGUACCCAAAUUAAUUAUUCAGAUGACUAUUUUAAUCGUCUUAAGUUUGCGGAAGAAGGAGCGUUGAAUUUAGCACAAGAGCUAUCGGCAUUGGACACUAUUAAUCACAAACAACCGAAUUUGCGGUAUGUCGCAUAUUCGUAUCUUCAAAUCUUAGAAAACAGCAUUAGUGAGUUGCUAAAGGACUUCGUACCUGCUGGCACUCACGAAAAUCCUAAGGGAUUAGAGAAACCGCAAAAAGGAACCAAGUCGUCGAAGAAAGUGGAAACGCCAACAACCAUUACUAUUAUGCUGACAGAGCCUGAAGCAGCCAUGUCAAGUGUGCUGGAAACGACCACUGUGACACAGCGUUCUGCAAUCAAGCCACAAAGGCAGAACACUGUAAACAGUAAUACGACGACUACUACAUCAUCUACGGAAAUUAGACCUCUGCUGACCGAUCCCAGCUCGGAGAAGAGGAAAGCAAAAAAGCCAAAAUGGUUCUCAAGUUUCUUCCAAAAAUGCCUUCAGAAAACAUUUUGCUGUCUACCGUGUUUGACUAGUUGA